AACUCAAGCAAAUAUUAGUUCAGUUGUUUCUUAUUUCUUCAACCUAUAGUUGCAAAUGUUCAUUAUUUCAACAAACAAUGGCAAUAAUAACUUUGGCGUUCAUAGUAGUGCUUGUUGCUGUUUUUACCAAUAAUGCUAAUUGUGAUGACUUGCCGGUGAAAACAAAUUUAGCUCCCAUAAACCCAAUCGAAGCAGCCAAACUAGUGGAUGAUCCAAAUCUAGAAGGGCGUUUUGGAUAUUCUGGAUACGCUCGUAAUAAUGGAUAUGGUUAUGCAAACAAUGAUAGAGUAUAUCAACCAGGAAUACAAGUUAGUACUGAACAAAACCAAAAACGGUUUAAUCCACCAAUAAAUAAUUAUGGCCCCCAAACGUUCCAAAAUGGCCAAAAUAAUCCUAAUCCAAUGGGAGUAAAUAGACCAACUGGAUAUGGAGGUGUAACUUAUGGUAAAGGUGCGGUUCAAGGCCAAGACCAAGGACAAGGUUUUGGUAACAGUAACUUUGGACAAGUUGGGCAUGGAGGCUUUGGUUUAGAAGAUCAAUACAAUCCCAAUAUCCAAAGUGGGUUUGACAGUGUUUAUGGACAACCUAAUAAUAAUAAUUUUGGACAUCAUGUCCAUCGGUACGGCCAACAUGAUUACCCACACAAACCUUAUCAACAUGGUCAUGGAUAUGGUUAUUAUUAUAAAUAUGGGCAAGAUGGUAAAUAUGAUCAAGAUGGUUUUGGUCAAGAUAACUAUGGUUACCAAUUCCAACCAGAUUUUAUACGUUAUCUCCAGGGGCAUAAUCAAGACAGAUCUAAUUUUGAUUACGGUUCUGGUUCUUUUGAUUCACAACCAUCAUUUGAUCAUUAUGAUGACAGACAGUAUUAUUGGAAUAGAAAGUAAUUUAUUAUUUUACAUUUAAGUUGAUUUGUGUUUUUGAAGUGAAAACUUCUUUAGAAUCGUUGUGAUUUUAAAAUUAAUGAAACGACACUUCAAAGAGACAAA